AUGGCCAGCAUCAAGGAGCGCACCUACAUCAUGGUCAAGCCCGACGGUGUCCAGCGGGGUCUUGUCGGCAACAUCAUCGGCCGCUUCGAGCAGCGUGGGUUCAAGCUCAUUGCUCUCAAGCUCGUGCACGCCACCCCCGAGCACCUUGAGAAGCACUACGCUGACCUUAAGGGCAAGCCUUUCUUCCCUGGCUUGAUCAAGUACAUGGCCUCCGGCCCUGUUGUUGCCAUGGUCUGGGAGGGCCUUGACGCUGUCAAGACUGGCCGUGCCAUGCUUGGCGCGACCAACCCGCUUGCCUCUGCUCCUGGUACCAUCCGUGGUGACUUCGCUCUGGCUGUCGGUCGCAACAUCUGCCACGGCUCGGACGCCGUCGAGAGCGCCGAGAAGGAGAUCGCUCUCUGGUUCCCUGAGGGCAUCGUGCAGUACAACCACGACCUCGCUCAGUGGGUCUUCGAGUAA